GCGACGACGUAGCGUAUGCGUUUGUUGUUGCUUACGUUUUUCCUCCAAGUUUUUUCCGGCGAAAUUGAGGUUGUUAGAUGUGAAAAUGGUAUAUCACUGGUGCAUAGUGCCAAUGUGUACGAACACGUCGGUGAAAACACCGCAAAAGACUUUUAUUAAUGUGCCUAAGUCGGGAAAGAUGCGAAGGCUGUGGAUAAACGCUGUCAGACGCGAUCCAAAGGAAUUUGCUGUAUCAACCGUCUUAUUUGUUUGUGAAGAUCAUUUUAAAUUGGAAGAGGAUAUGGCCAACUAUAUGGAGUGGAAACUCACAGGAGUGAAAAAACUUAUGAAGAAAGACGUUGUGCCACACUUAUUUGCGUGCCAAAAAGAUCGAAAGAGAAGUUUUCCGCAAGGUGGGCCACGAAGUGCGGCCCUUAAACGAAUUAGACGGGAUCUAAUUAACGAGGCCAUGACAGAACCAAGUCCAAGUACAUCAACAUCUGCCGCGGAAGAAACACCAGAAGCCAUGGAACAUCAGAGUACUCCUUUAGACGUGUCAUGUGAGGGUUUACCCUUGUUCAAAGAAAUUGGUAUUCAAGUUAACAUAAAGCCCCAAUAUCGGAGCAAAUAUGUUCAGUGUAACAUCAAGAUGUCUACAAUAUGUCAAAGCUGUUCCCCAAUCAAACUUGAUUCUGUCGAAAGUCUUCCUACUCUACCAGGCAAAACUAGUCGUGUGAAAAAUAGUAUACCUGUAAAAUUGUCAUCUUCCGAAUCGCAGUCACAUUCAUCACAGACUUCGGAAUAUGAGAGUCCAGCUUGUAUAUCAGAGGACGAUUCUUUAGAAAUUGAAACCAGCUUUAAAGAAAAGACCUCUUUGAGACACACAGUUACCAUCAUUGAAAAGAACCCACGACGCUAUUUAGGGAUUCCAGGCGAUGUCUUCUUUAUUGUUGUGGAGCUGCAGAAUUUGACCGGGUUGGACACCACAAGCAUCUACUUAACAUUAAAAAAAAUCAGAGUAGAUCAGACAUUUGCUGAACUUGGAGAUGAUUUUGGUGUAUCUGAAGCCACUGCAAGCAGACUUUUCUCAAAAUCCCUGUUACCAAUUGCGAAAUUUGUAUCAGGAUUGAUUGUUUGGCCAAGCCCAGAAAAGAUUGCUAAACUGUUGCCAAUUCCAUUCAGAGCAAGGUACGGGAAAGUUCAAGCAAUUAUUGAUUGCUUGGAAAUAGAAAUCCAGAAACCGGAAGAUGCUGUCAAACAAUCUCUGACAUGGUCGGAAUAUAAGAAAUGCAAUACGGUCAAAUACCUGGUAUCAUCUACUCCCGAUGGGAUUGUCAAUUUUAUAUCCAACGGUUUUGGAGGUCGAACCUCCGAUGCUGUUAUAGUUGAGGAGUCGGGAUUUUUAGAUAAACUUGUACCAGGAUGUUAUGUGAUGGCAGACAGGGGUUUCAAACAUAUAGACAAAUUACUGACUGAACGAAAAUGUGUAUUGGUUAGGCCCCCCAGUGUAAGAAUAGAUGAAAAGUUAAGUAAGAGUCAAGUUUUGGAAACUAAAAAAAUAGCUAGCCUGCGUAUCCAUAUAGAACGAGUGAUAAGGCGAUUAAGAGAGUUUAGAAUGUUGAAACCGCAUUCAUGCAUUCAUUUUAGGUUAAUUCCUUAUACAGAUGACAUCAUGAAAAUUGCAUGUGGGUUAAUAAAUUUGCAGGGACCAUUAAUAGUUGGAGAUAAAUGAUAUAUUAUGUAGGCAGUACAUUACAUAUAUGUAUAGGUAGUAUAACCUUGUGAGUUUCUUGUGUCUUCUAAAUAAAAA